CUCGUUCUGAGAGUAAACAUGAUGGCGACCGACUUAUCUGGGAACACCUAUAAUUCAAGUAAUCGGGGAUAGUCUUUUCCUAAUGGAAACGAUUAACAAAACAGUGUGAUUUUUUUAGAUCAUAUUUUUUUUUGAAUUCUGUACAAUUUUCAGCUAAGUCAUUCAUUGGAAGUUGUCAGAGUGGUUAAAUGUUGAGAAAAUGGCUGCAAAGAAAAUCAUCAUUAUCAAGCAGCCUGCAAGUUCUGGCUAUGGUGAUACAACUUGACUCAAGAAAAAACAUAAACAUACUUUUCUGCAGGACUAGACAAAAGAAAUGAAGCUGCAUGAGUUGCUUGUAUUAAACCGAUUUCUUGGACCAACUCAAUCAAGUGUCUACAGUGAACACGGAAGAGAAACAUUGACAAAAUGAAAUGCAUAAACUGUAUGGUCUAAAAGUUGCUUUUAUGUGGCUCUAAAAGCAGAGUGUGUAUCUGUGUACAGUUCUGUGGAGAUUGAGGAAGUAAGCAAUUAUAUUUUGGAUUGGGUGUCCAGAUGUGGAUACCAGACAUUUUUUCACUGCAGUGCAGAAACAGAACUGGGUUAUUAUCAGCUGCUAUUUAAAUCAAUAUGUCUGCAGAGGAGUGCAAAUUUAUAGAAUGUCUGAAGAAAGAGCCUCAACAGCGGGCAGAGCAGGACUUGAGUCUCAUCUUUGCCUUUCUACAUGGCAUGGAGGCUCUUGCCAGCCUCCGAGAACCAGCUCUGAGAGCCUUGUGUAAGACUGCCCGUUACGUGCACCAUGAUGCAAAUGACAUUAUUUACUGUCAAGGAGAGCUGGCUUCCUGCUGGUACAUAUUACUAUCGGGAUCGGUGUUUAUUGAAGGCUCAAUGUUUCUUCCUCGUAGCAGCUUCGGUAAGCGCAGCCAAGGAUGUGCACGGAGGACCAGCGAGUGCCUGACCCUGGAGCCGUCAGAAAUGAUAGCGAUCGAUUACCCAGAUGUACAGGCACAUAAAGGAGGUCAGCGCAAUACAUGCUCAGCCAAUUUAGAUCGGCUGUUGUCUCCAAACCUGGAUCCCCACCUUGACCUUCGAACAGGCAUACGAAGGAUGAACUCAGAUAGUGUGAUUGAACAGUUACCAGUAGAUGGCGGGGGAGCUGUAGGAUUGAUGCUACGAGAACCUUUUCUGCGUCAUGACCAGUUGAUGAAAAGAAGUUCUCGUGCAAGCGAUACAUCAAGUGCAUACUCGGGGUCUGACAUGAUGCAGUCAUCUUUGGAAGACCCAGAUAAUCCAGAAGCAGAUAUGAGUGGAUUGGUGGAGAGUAUGGUAGACUCAGAUGAUGAGGAGGGGUAUGCAGAGUCCACUGAGUCUAUUCGAGAUGACACUGUACGAGACUGCCUGGAAAAGACUGCCUCUGAAAGAACAGAAGAUGACAUUGAAAUACUCAUGGAGUUUAUGCAACAUUUUAGAGCAUUUGCCAACAUGACCCAAAUGACUCGGCGAGCACUAUGUAGUGUCAUGGUAUUUGCUGUUGUCCCACGUGAGGGAACUGUGGUCAUGAAAGAUGGGGAGGAGCUGGACUCCUGGUCUGUCAUCUUAAAUGGCGAGGUUGAGAUUACACGGCCAGAUGGCAGUGUGGAGCGUCUGCAGAUGGGCGACAGUUUUGGAAUCACACCUACUAUAGAGAAGUUGUACCACAAUGGAGUGAUGCGUACAAUGGUAGAUGACUGUCAGUUUGUCUGUAUUGCACAACAGGAUUACUAUCACAUUCUAAACCAGGAAAAAGAGAACACACAAAGGCACGAGGAACAAGGCCAGGUUGUCAUGGUGACAGAACAUCGUGAGCUGGAGGGAGGCAACAGAAAAGGCCAGAUUGUUAUAAGGGGUACACCCGCACGGCUUAUGCAACAUCUAGUUGAGGAUCAUUCAGCCAUCGAUCCCACGUAUGUUGAGGACUUCCUGCUCACAUACCGCACUUUCCUGGAUGGCCCAAUUCACCUGGCUAACAGUUUGCUUCAUUGGUUUGACAAUCCCAGCUACAGACCCAGGGUGACUCGAGUGGUGCUGUUUUGGGUUAACAACCACUUUAAUGACUUCGAGACAGACCCUGCAAUGUGCGAGUUCCUAGAGCAUUUUGAAUGCCUGCUUGAACAGGAGUCAGAAACAGACUUUGAGCGGAUGGUUGGACAGAUGAGCCUACUAAACAUGGCAUGCACUGCAAAAGCAAAAGUUCGCACUGUGACAUUGAUGCGUACUGCACGAGACGAGAUUCUCCAUUUCUCUAUUCUGGGCGGGCAAGAACGGGGACAUGGCAUCUUCAUUACUAAGGUGGACAAAGGGUCCAAGGCUGCUGAAGUUGGAUUGAAGCGAGGCGAUCAGAUUCUGGAAGUAAAUGGUACCAAGUUCCAGCAGAUUUACUAUAACAAGGCAUUGGAGAUUUUGCGAGGAUCGACUCAUCUUUGUAUCUCCGUAAAGUCUAAUCUGCAAGAUUUUAAAGAAAUGCUAAGGUCUGCAGAAAAGAACACUCCAAGAAAAGUAAAACGUGAUGAAGCAGGUCUUCCACCAGCAGCCCACCACCGACUGUCUGCUCCCGAUCUGGAGGUUACACUAUCUUUCAUUACAACAGAGAAGGAAAAGAAGCCAGAACGAAAAGGUUUCUUUGGGCUGGGCACCAAGCCCCGCAUUAAAAAAGCUCUAGAGAAGAUGAAUAUAUUACCUAAAAUGAAUGGAAACAUCAACCAUUCAGAUGAAAGCCUUUACUCCAAACCAUCUCGCAAAUCAUCAUCAUCGUCAUCAUCUUCAACAACAGGCUUUUCUAAUCAUCUAAGUGCUAGCAAUCCUGAUAUCUCGUCGUUAACAUUAGGUGUUGAUGACAGAAGUGAUUAUCCUGAACAUGUGGUGAAGGUCUAUCGUGCUGAUCAGUCUUUCAAGUUCCUUCUCAUACACAAAGAAACAACAGCGAAGGAAGUGGUUAUGCUCGCUCUGCAGGAGUUUGGCAUCACGGAGUCAAGUUGCAACUUCUCUCUGUGUGAAGUUACUGUAGAAUCAGAGAUGUUCAUCAAAAGACGACGUUUGCCUGACCAACUUGCAAACUUGCCAGAUCGCCUGAAUCUCAAUAGCAGGUAUUACAUCAAGAACAACCUCAGCACAGACCCUCUCAUUCCGGACGAGAUGAUAGGGGAACUUUUGAAGGAGAGCCAGAUAUCCUUGCUGCAGCUCAACCCAGCAGAGCUUGCCUGGCAGCUGACCUUAGAGGACUUCAAGGUCUUCAGGGAGAUCGAGCCUACUGAGUAUGUAGAUGAGCUUUUUGAGCUGAACUCUAAGUAUGGAUGCCCCAUGAUCCAGAAGUUUGCAGAGCUGGUAAACAGGGAAAUGUUCUGGGUUGUGACAGAGGUAUGCAGUGAACCCAACUUGGUGAGGCGCAUGAAAAUGCUGAAGCAUUUCAUUAAAAUUGCAAAGUUUUGUAAGGACUACAAGAAUUUUAACUCCAUGUUUGCCAUAAUGAGUGGACUUCGUCAUGGUUCUGUCUCACGGUUGCGGAGCACCUGGGAGAAACUUCCUAACAAAUAUCUGAAAAUGUUUGAAGAUCUGGAGACAUUAAUGGAUCCAUCACGUAACAUGGCCAAGUACAGGAACCUGCUGAACAGUGAUCAUGUGCAACCUCCAGUUAUCCCCAUCUUUCCUGUAGUGAAGAAGGAUUUGACUUUUAUUCACUUGGGAAAUGAUUUCAUUGAUGGUAUUGUCAACUUUGAGAAGUUGCGCAUGAUUGCAAAGGAGAUUCGCCAUAUUGGCACCAUGUGUUCAGCGCGAUAUGAUGUCAGCAACAUGCUGCUGAGUACCCAUGGAAAUUUCUCCAGUUCACUAGUAUCAGGAAUGGCCACACUGAAACGAACCAAGAACAGACGUGCGUCUACUGUACCCAACCCAAAAAAGAUGUACGAAGAGGCUCAAAUGGUGCGCAAAGUACGCUCAUACCUCAGCACCAUGCCUGUCAACACCAAUGAGGACCAGCUGGCAGAAAUGUCAAUCAGUGUGAACCUCCAGCUCGCAAAAGGGAUGUUUCACCUGGCAUCAACAACAGUUCUCCUAACCUUGAAGACAAGCGUGCCAUUCCUCCUGGCCCCAAGUUUGACAAAGUCUCCGACCUGUACCUACCACUUGUUUAUGGAUCGCUGGGGUCCAUGGAGGUGUGCAUGGACAAUGACUCAGGCUGUGCUGGAAUGGGGUCAACAUUAACUCUCAAGUCAGGGGCCAGUUACUCGCCUGCAGUAGAUCAUCAAGUGCCAUUCCCCUAUCACCAUCCAGGUGUUCCAGUGUCUCAACACCGCCCUCCUCUACCAACGUACAGCGUGGCUAUGAACAACACUCCUCGGGCGCCAAUAGCAGAUCCUGAGGAAGAACAAGUUUCAGCUGUGUGAAAUUUCAAGCAUGAAGAUUUUGCCACUCAUUGACUUAAAAGAGCCAGUAUUUCUGCCACUGACUUGAAAGACACAGUCACUUCCACUUACUUGACAGUUUUGUCAGGCAUCAUCCUGCUGCUGGUGUUGGGGUCCUGCUACAGCAUGAUGGACUGUCCUUUAUGUCUUCUGUCACAGGGAAACACUAUCAAAACAAUGGCUUUCACCUGGCAGGAAGUGGAAAGUGGAUAGUGAUCAGUACCCCAGGGACAGCAGCUUGGUUUUCACAGACCCACACGAAAACACGGCCAAUGAAUUGAGUGCCCUGACUUCAGUAGGCUUGCACUCUACCAUUUACACAUGCCUAAGCGAGAGGCACAGAGGGAGAAAGGAAAACGUUACAUUGUAUGGGUGUGUGGAUGUGCGCUUCCUCAAAGCAAGAAAGAAGAUAAGUGCUCAGCAUUAAGCAAAUUGUCUGCUGCAUUGCAUGCUGCUGCUUCUGCUGCCCCUCCAGCUCUGCUGACUAGAUCUGUGAUGUGAACUAGAUGAGCUUGGCACAUGCCACGCAAAAGUAGAACCUGUGCUGACAUGUAGCUCGCAACUUGACUUGCAGCAGUGAGGGAGGAAUCUAUGCUUGUGCUGUACGAGCAUUCUUGGCUGGAUUUAAUUGACAAGGGCCCUCCCCUCACCCCAACCCCUACAAAAGCAGCUGAUAUCCCAAAGCAUUUUUAGAUUGUCUCGGGAUUUAUUGUGAAAACUAAAGUGGUCAAUCUGCAUCUGCUGGACAGCCAGACCAUUUUUAAACUGACCAACAAGGCUGGGGUGCAGCCCUGCACCUUUCUCACAUUUCUACUGGCUGAGAAAGGCAGGUGUGGUGUCCGUGGAUUGUCUGUUUUCAUGAUGGUGCUAUGUCCUGCUUAAAAAAGUUUUGGAGCAAGAAACAAGACACAAGACAAGAAACGACGACAUGCAUGAGUAGAGUUCCAUGUCAACAUAGUACAUGUAGAUAGCAGUAGGGCUCCAAGAUGGUGGCUCUCCUUGGAUAAUCUAUCUGAAGCGGGUAAUUAGCAGGUUGCCUAUCCUUGUGAUGCACAGUGUGUGUCAGACCUAUUUGAACAGAUGAGUCACAGUAUUUUUAUGCAAGUUUUGUUUUCGUAUGUGGAUUUCAUUUGUUAUUUACCCACUUCUCCCCAUUGAAGAUCAAGAGUGAUUAACUCACAGCAUGAUUGUUAUUAGACAUUAUAUUUGUUGACAUAAUGAAAUAAGUCACCACAUCAGCCACUAGUUUGUGUCUAGUGGUUAUGUUCAGUUAAUGCAUGUCUGUGUGGGCUUUGUUUACUAAAUGACAAGCUUGAAUAUAUAUAUUAAUAAUUAUAUGGGCUUGAAUAGGUUUUGUUGGACCAGAGCAAAGGCUUCUUAAAUCACAUCUUAAAUGCACAUUCUAAGUCAGCUAGUGUGCCAUAUUUAUUACCAGCUAGGUUUUAGUUUUUUUUAAAAAAAAUGAUAAAGUGCUUUGUUUUAUCAAGGAAAAUGAAAAGCACCACCAGAUAUCAUCUUGUUUCCAGGUUUAUUAGAUGACUUUGAUAAAAGUAUAGUGACUAUGGCUUGUGAUGUAUUGUAACACAUUAGAUAAAGAGCAUAGGUGGCCAAUUGGAGCCACAGGUUUUGUUCUUAGUGAGCAAAAGUUUAAUCCCAGAAGUAGAAUUUUCCUUUUUUGGCCACCCCUCCCAACCCAUCCAACCACCUACCCAAUAUCACCAUGGCUAGAACACAGUUGUUCUAGCAGGAAGUGAACCCCUCAGGCAGCUUAUAUUUCUACUGAGCUUGGGCUCGGUUUCCUGAACAAUCUAAGUAUCUUCUGGGGAAUUUGUGCAGUGAGAAGUCAGAAAAAUGUAACCAAGAUUUUUCUAUAAACAUAACACAGAUUCCCACAUUCUGGGAUUAUUUUCUUUUAUCUAUCUUGAAGCAAUCAUAGGAUUGGGGUCUAAUGUUUUUUUUUUACCUAUUUCUCUAGUGUACUUCACAAUCUCAUGAAUAAAUUCAUAAAGAGAGAGAACAUUCUUUACUUCUGCACUUCCACAGGCAGCAGAGAGGGUAGGAGCAAGCCACAGAAUGUGCUAGUUGUUUAAACUGGUGGAAAGGAAUUGCACUUCUGAAUGGCCUUCAUUAAUAAUGUCUAUUUCCUUAAAGUUUUUCCAAGAGUGUGUUUCUCUCUCUGUGAUCACAUCUGGGGCUAUAGCUGCACAACACCUCUCUAGCUAUAAGCAUUCCUGUUGAUUCCUUGACAUUGCAUCCAUUUGUCAGCUUAUGGCUGGAGCACCUGUAUGAUGAAAGAAUGGUCUUGCAUAGAAAACAGUAUUUUUUUUUUUUUUGUAAAUCUGCUUUUUAAACAUUUUAAGAACUUAAAGCUCUCUGCACAACUACCACAUUUAAUCAGAAUAUUAUUGUUUUUCGAGACCCCAUGGAUGCUUUUAUCAAUCACAAUAAUGAGAGUUUUUUAAAUGGUUAUUUAGGGGUUCUGCACUUCCUGUUUGCACCAUGGUUGGCUGUUUCGUGAAAUGCUGAUGUUUUGCCUGUUUGGUACAGCGCUCAUGCUGUUAUCUGUUUCAUCCCUGAUAAUAUGUGAGAAGCUAUUAACAAUUAUCUGAGGGUUAGGACAAAUAACAUGAUCUUAUUGAGCACAGUUCUGAGGUAGAUGGUGCAGUUCCCAGAACUUGAGAUUUUAGUAAAAUGCUUAGUUGGUUAGGGGUCUUUGUGCACAGGAUAUUACUGCAGAAAAGGUAAGAAUGUGCAGCUGACAUCUGGAUAGAGAACAACAGACAUGACAAAAUAUAAAAAACACCGUGGCCAUUGUAGAAGUAAUAAGAUUGGCUGGCAGCAGGUUUAGAGGUGGACUCUGUUCAGUUUUUGCUGAAUAGAACUGCUGACAAAACAGGCUUCUAUCACUAAUUAAAUUAGUUACAAAUACACUAUGAGAACUACUAAUAGAAACUUAAUAGGUUUAACAGGAAGUGAUCAGUUCAGAGUUCAUAGGCCUUCAUUUUUGACAGCACCUCUUAGGUGUCAACUAGGCGAUAACCUUUGUGUAGUGAAAUCUCAGUGUUCACGUGCAAGGAACUUUUAAUGAAAUUCUAGUCAGAUAAAAGGUUUUGUCUUGUUGAAGGAAGUGUAUUAGACUAUAAGUUUUUUAGGUGUGCCCUGUGAUUUAAUUUUUGCUCUUUGAUAUUGUUUAGAAAAACCACUUCAUCCAAUAUAUCCUUUGUGCAUCUUCAGUUAAAUAAAGAAGGGAUAGUGAUUUUCUAUACAAUCGGGAAAAUGUGGUUUUCCCAGAGAUAAAAAUGUGAUCCAGUUUUUGUAACGUUUCAGCAUUAUGUCCCUACAAAUGUGAAUGUUGUGAGUAGUAUGCACUUGCAUUUGUGCAAGAGCAACAACACAUAACAUUUAUCAUAUAUGUGGCCACUCUGUGUGGUGUAACUGUGUGUUGUUCAGGGCCUUGCUUAGACCACAUUCAUCAAUUUAUAUUUUGUAUGAAGCUUGUGGACACAUAAGGCCUUGUAUAUACUCACAGCAUUAACAGGAGAUGCGCCAGAACAAGUAAUUUUUUUUAGCACUUUUAGUUUUGUACCCCAGACAAGUUUAAUCAUUAUUUUGGAGAGAAAAAGGCAUUGCUUUUCUUACCUUCAUAGAUCAGUGUUGAGUUUGUUAAAAGUUCAAGCUGGGGAUUGGGUAUUCCCUUGUUUCCCUAGAACCAAGUGAGCCUACCAUUCGUUCUCAUUUCUGUUGCAAUGACAGUGCAAUGGCUAAGUGUGCUGAUUGUGAGAUUAUAUCUUUGAAAGACAGACUUUGGGAAACAUUCAGAUUCUGCAGAUGUCCACAACAUUGUUAGUAAACCUUUCUUGACUUUUUCAGUGGAGAUAUUGAUCUAAGCAGCACAUACAAUGUUUUAGCAAUUUUUUUUUUUUUCAAGCUGCUUAUAAUAGUUAUCUCCACCUCUGAGAAACCCUUGGUGAACUGUGGAAUGAUUACGAUUUUCUUAAGGCAUGGAGAGGGAAGGAGGGAGCAAAAAAGCAGAGCUCUAAGCAUCAGUAUAAUUCUGUGAUAAAUAAAGUUCGUAAUGCCAGUCUUGGUUUGGGGGAAAAUGAUCGUUUAAAACAUACCAGUACAUGGAUUGUGUUUGUGCCUUCCAUAGUAUUUAAUAGCUGCGAGCAAGACUGGACUGAGAACGCCCUUUGCUGGCGUCUGGACCGCUGGAGAUGAAGGUAGCACCUGGCCGCAGCAUUUUGUCAGUGGGUGCAGCUGCUGCCUAAGUGUUCUAUGACGUUUGCAGUCUUGAAACAACUCUAAAAAAUUUGUUGAUUCAGUAUAAUUGAAGUCUUUUUGUCUUCGGUUAGACAGUUAAUGGGCUAAAGAAUGGCUCUUUCAGUUUAUAUGACCUUUUAGAAGCCUAAUUAUUUUAUGUUGGGAUCUGCUUCGAGUGAUGGUGUUUUGUUUUUUUAUUUAAGAUUUUUUUUUCUCGAAAGAUAUACUUCUGCUUUCUGUGUCAGAAAAUUUAACAAUCUCAAGAUUUGUAAUAAAUCUAUUGAGGUCUUGUAGAUCGAUACAUUGCCAUGUAGGAUAUGUACUCCAAGACAAUAAUAGAACAUUGCAAAUUAUUUUUUGAUUUGAGCUAAAGUGAGAGAUAGCCAAUAAGUUGCAUUUAUUUUUCACAAUUUAGAAUACAUUCAUAGUAUGAUAGACAAAAUAUGUUUCCAAAGGAUGAGAAGCCUCUGGUACACAAGCUGUUCUGUGGUAUUUUCAUCCGUGAACUUGUUGCAGGUUUCUCCCCUUUCCGCCAAGGUGGAUUAAUCAUUUGCUGUUAAUAUGCGAGCAUAUAAUUAGGAAAAUAUCAGUCUGUGACCAUUUCUAGACAGAGAUUGUGGCUUGUUCUUACCCUAGGGCGAUGUGUUCAGAGGUUCGCUCUACGUCUCCUUCGCCACCUCCAGCCUUUAUCCUCCCAAGCCCAUGCCUUUCCUCCUAGCUGUGAAUUAUUGGUCCCCAAUGUUCAUGCAUGUAAGAACCUCAUUAUACCUCCUUCAUAAGUCCACGGUAGCUAAAAUUCCCAGCGAUCAAGCGUAACAUUGUGUGCAACUCAUUAUGUUGCACAAGUUGUUUGAGUCUGGUUUUUUAGCCACCGCCUUCAAUAAAUACACUGAUCUGAAGGUGA